AUGUUCGAUAUUUUUGAUGAGCCCUUGGCUUUCAAUGUCACGCACUGGAUCAAUGAAAAAGCCUAUCCCGGUGGCCUAUUGCAUUUCUUUGGGCUAUUCGGGUCCUCUUAUAUCGUUCCAACUAGCGCGGAGGCGCUAACGGAGGUUCUGUCUACCCGCGCAUAUGAUUAUGAGAAGGCGAGUUCAUUCAAAAGAUAUACAACCCGCUUCUGGGGUCAUGGACUCGUAUCACAAGAGCAGGAGGAGCACAAGAGAAACCGAAGAAAUUAUCUUCCGGUUUUCAAUCAAACGAAUAUUACCAAGCUAAAACCUAUCUUAUUCGCCAAAUCAAUGCAAUUCGUCGACCACAUUUCGGAACUUUGCGCUACCGAUGAUACCAAACACACCACCAAACCCAAUUCUACGGUUGUUUCCAUUACCAAAGUAACUGCAAUGGUUUCACUAGAUGUCACUGGCAUCAUUGCACUGGGAACCGAUUUUGAAACCAUCCUUGGCAAGAAUCACGAAAUUGUCGACGCACAUGAGAUGCUGUUCUCUAGCAGCAAAGAUAAAAGAUUGCUAUUCUUGCUAUAUAACAUUGCGCCACGAUGGGUUCUCGAUCUACUACGCUUUCCUGUUGCGAACAAGAUGGACCACGCACAUAAUAUUCUGGCCAAUGUCUGUCGGCGGAUUCUUCGAGAACGGGUGGGACAGCCUGGAAAGAGCGAAGCGCAACCGCUUGAUUUCGUUGAGAAUCUUGGUCGAUCCAAUCCCUCUGACGAAACAAACACCAUUGCACAGCUUGUUGUUAUUAUAGGUGGUGGAUACGAAAGCAUUGGCAGCACGCUCGCCUGGGUAGUAUAUUGUCUUGCACGCCAUCCAGAAGCUCAAGAAGAUCUACGAAAAGAACUGGCUCAAUUCAGUGAUGGCCUAGGGAAUCUAAAAGCAGACGCGGAGUAUGACAAAUUACCAGUGCUCAAUGCAGUUGUAAUGGAAGCAACCCGGCUUUAUCCUGCAUUCACGCUGUUAUUUCGCAAAGCCAUUCGCGAUACAAUAAUCGGAGAGCAACCUAUACGAAAAGGCACCUUCGUUGGGAUGUGUCCUCGAGCUAUCAACUACGCUCAUCACCUCUGGGGCUCUGAUGCAGCAAAGUUUAUUCCAGAACGAUGGAUCGAUCGCUCAGACCCGGGUAGUCCUAGGCCAGAUCCGUUAGGCGGUGCUCCUGCGUCAAUAUGUAUGCUCUCGUACUCUUACGGGACGAGGAGCUGCGUUGGACGCGAGUUAGCAUUGGCUCAGAUGAAACGACAGAUUGCUUUGAUAGUGGCACGAUUCAAUGUUGAGCCGGUAGACGAUUAUGAUCCCCGUCCGUCUGGGUUAUUUGCUACCAGCCCACCAUCUAAUCUCUUGGUUCGGUUCAGAAAGUUGAGUGUUUGA